AUGGAAGACGCCGGGAAAUCUCUGAAGUCUGGUAACCUAUCGCGUAAGGUGGUUGAUUUGGCUGCGGGAGAAGCACACGCUCUCAUCCUUACUGGGGAUGGCAGUGUCUACAGUUGGGGUAGGGGAACGUUAGGACGAAUCGGGAAUGGCUCAGAAAAGGAUGAGUUUUUCCCAGUACAACUCAAUUUCGGAAACCCAAAUCCAAGUGGAACACAAGACACUGUCAAGAUAGUGGGAAUUGCUGCUGGUGCUUAUCAUAGUCUCGCUCUCGCAGAUCUGUUAUCUUCUCAAAAUCGUUGUGUAAAACAUCUGCAAUGUUAUUACCUGCAUUUUAAAACUUACCUUACAUGCAUGCAAGCUACUGUUGCACCAAAGUCUGUUGAAUUUAUGUCAUGUAUUAGCAUGUACACCCUUGACUACUGUAUGGAUGGUCAACUUGGUACAAAUGGAGAGGAAUCACAUGACAAUGAAAAUGCUGUUAGAGACUAUUCUUUAGUGCCUCGCUUACUCAACAGGUUUGUUGAAUUGCACCCUGCCGAUUCUUCAUCGGGUGGGUCUGAAGUAGAACGUAAAACAUCACUUAAGAUAUGUGCUGUCAAAGCUGGAGGAAUGAUGUCUCUGGCUAUUGAUAACCGUGGGACGCUGUGGAUGUGGGGAAACUGCCCACAACAAAGCAAAGAAGGGGAGUUAGCACUUGUAAGCAGUUUCACUCCAACUCCAGUUUGGGAUUUUCAGGGUCAAUCUGUUGUCAAGGUUGCAUGUGGAAAUGAGCAUGUUGUAGCACUGGUUAGUGCGGGGGAAUCAUACAAUGGUGAAGAUCUAGUGUGCUACUCUUGGGGUUAUAACACCCGUGGCCAAUUAGGCUUGGGGGAUAGAGAGAGCAGGCUGCAUCCGGAAGUUGUCAAUAUAAUUUAUGAGGAUUCACCUUAUGAGGUAGCAUGUGGUGCCUAUCACACUGCUUUGCUCACUCGUAUAAAGAAAACUAGUGAAACAUUACACAGCACAUGCUGGACCUUUGGCCUUGGAGAUAAUGGCCAGCUUGGGCAUGGAACAACACAAAGCACAUUAUUUCCUACACCUAUCAAAGAAUUGCCACAAAAUAUAUCUCUUAUUGCUGUUGACUGUGGUUUGUUUCAUACAAGUGUAGUUUCCUCGGCUGGAGAUGUGUGGUCAUGGGGAAUGGAGAAGGGCCUCGGCUUAUGCCCUGAUGCUAGUCGAGCAGGAACAGAUUCCGGUGAUGCACUAUCUCCCCGUCUUAUGCCAUGGAAGCCAAAUCAACCUAAAUUUCCAGAUCCAGUUAAACUUGCAUGUGGGGCCGCACAUACAGUUAUAGUUGCGCAAGGGGGAUAUAGAAUGUGGUCUUGGGGUAGGGGGAGAAGUGGAGUUCUAGGAGAUGGUAAAGGAGCAGAUUGUUACACCCCCACGGUUGUACUAUGGCCUCAAAUGAUGGAGGAUUGUGAGGAAGAAGAAGUAAAAAGCAAAGGUGAGCAAGGAAAAUCUAGAGAAAAGGAGACUGAAGCAACAGAAGCAGAAGAGAAACUAUCCUCUGCGUUGAAUGAGCUGAAGCUGCUUAAAAUAAAGCUAUCUGUGAUGGAAAAAUAUGCCAGUAUACUUCAUGGUUCUGUUUUUGGAAAACCUUUUGAUGAGCAAGGUAUCCCUGAUUCAUUGAGGAAUUCAGGUUCAUUUGACAUUGGAGAAGAAUGGGAGAAGAUGUUAGGGGCUGCAGAUCAUAGGAGGCUAAUUAGGUUGGAAAUGUUUUACCGAGACAUGCUUGCUGGAGUAAAAGAUGAACUAAUGAAGAGAAGGAUCAAGGAAAUUGUAAAGGAGUGUAUCCAAUCUUCAGAGGUGACAAAUUAG